AUGAUAGUCAGAUUCUUAAUUUGCUGAGCCACAACAGGAACUCGCUGAAUAUAUGUCUUGAUCCCACUCAGAGACAUACGAAAAGCUUGUUAAAAAGCACUGAUCAUUUCUGUAUUUCUGACAGUCACAGAAAAUUAGGAACACAUCAAAAGUCCAAAAGUGGGUGAACAAGGCUUGACAAAUCCAGGUGAAAUGACAUCUGACAGGCAUAGAAAUAAAAUGUAAAGAUACAUUUAGUUACAUGAAACUAUGUUCAGGGUAUACUGUUAGGUAUGAGCAGUCCAUUUCCAGAAUGAAGUUGGCAGCCCUUCCCCCACUGUAACUUCCACAAAUCUAAGGAUAGGAAAUCCCAUGGUUUGAUAACCACGUGAUGCUUACACCAAAGAUGCAAAGAGCUGCUGUUCUUUGUGGUGGAAUUUGGGCUUUGUUUUCUCUCCUUUGCAUGAGGACCUCUUCUGCCCCAAAUGGAGGUGCCAGAAACUUCCCUGGCUGGAGGGCAGGAAAUCGAGUGCACAAUUUGGCUUCUCGUUCUGUGCAUGACCACUCUCACUCCUCACCCCACACUGGCCUCAUGGAUAAGACAGGUUCUCGCUUUCCCCAGAGAUUGAGGGCUCCACAACCCCUCAAUUGCACCUCCUGUCAUCCCAGCCCAUCCCAGCCUUCAGAGGGUGAAACUAUCAGUAGAGGACACCAAGGCAGAGAAUGCAUGCAAUUGUUGCUGUAAAAUCCUUUACUCCCUAUUUGGGCUAAUGAUAGAGAAAGAGAAAAAGGGGGAAGGAAACUCGAAAUGAAACAGCCAGAAGGGACAAAUACUGGGCAGGGAGAGGUCCUCACAUAAAGGAGAGAAAACAAAGCCCAAAUUCCACCACAAAGAUCAGCAGCUCUGCUGUCACCUUUCUCCAAGGCAAGGGCACCUGCUGAAGUGACAAUGUUAACGUCAAACAUUAACUGCUAAGGAUAGAGAUGCCCAUGGAAACAAGUUGCAAAGUGCCUACCCCUCUUUUCAGGACAUGGACAAGGUGAUAACGCUUUAGAAGCACCGUCUGACUCGCCAAGUACUACAUUUUUCUGUAUAUUAAUCUUGAAUUCCGUAACUUUCUGAAUUUAUUUAUUAGUUCUAAUAGUCUUUUUGUGGUGACUUUAGGUUUAUCUAUACAAAAGAUCAUGUCAUCUUCAAAUCAUGACAAUUUUAUUUCUUUUUCAAGUCUUAUUUCUUUUUCUUGCAUGAUUGCUAUGUCUCAGACUUCCAAUACCAAAUUAAAUAGCAAUAGUAAGAGUGGGCAUCCUUGUGUUCUUCCUGAUUUUAAAGCUCUCAGUUUUUUUUUUUCUUUUCGACUAUUGAGCAGAGUGUUAGCUGUAGGUUUAUCAUAAAUGACCUUUAUUAUGUUGAGAUAUGUUCCCUCUAUACCAACUUUGUUGAGAGUUUUAAUCACGAAUGGGUAUUAAAUUUUGUCAGAUGCUUGUUCUGCAUCUAUCGAGAUGAUUAUGUGCUUUUUAUUUGUUUUAACAUGGUGAGUCACACUGAUUUGCGAAUAUGGCACUAACCUUCCAUCUUCAGAAUAACUCCCACUUGAUCUUGGUGUGUGAUCCAUUGAAUGCCUUGCUGAAUCUGAUUAAGAAAUCUCUCAAAUCUCAUUGAUGAGAUGGAUUGGAUUGUCUACUUUCCAUCUAUUGAUGGAUCUAUUAUCCACAUUCAUCUAUGGAUGAGAUGGAUUGGCUCAUCCAGGAUGGAUUGGAUUAUGUACUGAUUGGAUUAUCCACUCCCUCUAUAUAAGGGGAAGCAGAGGCAGAAGCCAGUGUAUUCUCCAGCAAACCACAGGCCGUCUGCAUCUCAGCAGUGGGUCAGAAAACAACUCAGUGGUGUGGAAGAUGGAGAACCUUGCAUCCACUAGCUUUAGAAGCCGGCAUCAUCGUCUGGAGAAGCUCAAGAGAAAUAUGAUGCCCCAGGCACUGGAGGAGAAAAGACAAGUCCACUUAGCCAGGACCAAGCAGAGACAUCGUGACAGAUCCGGCCUUCCUCUAAGGCUCACCAGCUGCAUUUUCAAGAGGCCAGUCACAAAGACAACUGCUCAUCCUGGCAACAAGGUCAGGCGCAGUCAACAAGAGGAGACCCUGAAGAAGCCCCAGCAAGUCUGUGCAUUCAGGAGACUGCAGGGGCUCCAGGCCUGCAGUCCAGAAGGAGACCUUUUCAGUACCUUGGACAGCGCAAAAGUAGUCCGCGACAUUGCCCCUGGUGGUGCAGUUGAAUCCAACAGCCUUGCUGGUGCAAGGUCACUGCACCCCAGCACCAAGGCCAUCCCUGCCCAGUCUUCAGAUGGGGCAGAGAUGAUCCCGGGAUUGGGGCUCUUCCUCCCCGAGUCCCUCUGCAAACAACCAGUAAUAACAUAUGGCCAUAUUCGCCGGCAGGCUCAGAAAGUGAAGAAAGCAAGAGAGAGGCUGGCUAUGGCCUUGAGGGCAGACAAGCUGGCCAGGGAGGCAGAGAGAGCCAGGGGUCUCGGGAACUUAGGCGUGUCCUGAAGAAGCCAAGGAGUGGCGUGGCCCUUGGGACGUGGUCACUAUGUGACAGCCCCCUACCCUUGUUCUCCUUGCCUUUGUGAAUGUUAACCCUGUUUCUUGCUCUGGACUGAGAUGCUUUGUUAUAUUAAUAUUGUCAUCUAUUAAACUCUUGUUUGACAAAUAUGUAAAGAGUAAGUGGUUUUGUGGAUGAGAGAUUGGGUUUUGGGGGAAGGGCAAGAAA